AUGAAGACUUCCCUCAUCGCCCUAACUCUCCUGCUCACCGGUAUGCUCCGGUACGGAUCUUCUCCUCCGAAUCCUCCAAUUUCCAGUGAGCUCCAUCCUCGGCGCCAUCGACUCGAGCCGCCAAAAGUGUACGGAAGACGUGAAUAGAAGCAGGAAGAUGAACGCUGUCGACUACAACAUUGCCGACAUGAACCAACUGAAAUACGAUGCGACUCUGGAACGUUGCAUCCACCGCCGUCUCAGUGAAGACUCGUGCCCAGUCGGCACGAAUGUUAUUGGCUCCAUCGAGACGGACACUCAAAAGUGUCUCUUCCUUCAGCACACCAAGAACAGCACGUUCUUUGGCGAUUUUAACGGAAUUAAUGAACACGCGAGCACUGGAAUCGCGUGUCUGAAGAGUCGUUGUGAGAAGACUGGAGAAGAGUACGUUUCGUACGCGUUGGAUGAUCAGUAAGCUUGAAAUUUUGUCGUUUCUUUUCAUUCCUUUGCAUUUUUUCAGGGAAUCGCACUACCAAAACGGACCGCCCGGCUCGAAAUGCCCGAGUGGAAGACACGAUGAAGAUGGAUUGUGUGCGGUGGACCAGUAG